AUGAGUGGAAUGGGAAAGGUUUUCAAGGAUGGCUGGCACCCGAAGAGCCGCGAGGGGGGAAAGGAAAGCUGGCGCGGCGACUUCAAGGGCAUCAACCAAGUGGCAGGAUGGAUGGGCAAGGGCAAGGAAAAAGACACCGAACGCGAGGAACACGUUUCCCGCCCUCUUUCGUCGCUCAAAGAUCCCUCGGCGUUUGGGCCGCCACCGAAGCAUGUCAAAUAUCACGGCGCGGCCGCACUGCCGAAUGAAACGACGCCCGAUCGAAACGGCCUAGGUGCCCCAUUGUCGCAUGAACAGAUAAAUUACCAGCAGGAACAGGAACAAGCGGAGCUCCAGGCCCAGGAACAAGAGGCGCAGAGACCGGCACCUCCUCCGCUUCCCUACCGGGCGAAUCGAACCGGCAUCGACCCGAGUACUCUCCCACCACCUCCUGCGCGACGGAUGGGCUCGCCGGCCGACCCUGCCAUCCCGACGAGCACAAGACCCAAGCCAAACGUUCCGCCUCGAGUUCCUCCCCGGACCAAUUCCACUCCCGUGUCGCACCCGCCGUCUCCACCUCCUGCCUACUCACCGAGACCGGCUGAAACCCCUUCGGAUCCGUAUAUCAACCAGGCCGCGACGUCUCGUCUCGCUCAAUCGGGGGUCUCGGUAUCGGCACUCGGAAUUGGCAAUGGGGCAAGUCAGUGGCGAAGGGACAGCAAUUCUCCGGGAUCUGCCUCGCCAGCCCCUACCGGCUCCGUUGGCCAAGCUCCAUUCAACGAGCUGCAGAGCCGAUUCUCUCAGAUGAGAACCAACUCCACAAGAGAGGCGCCCCCUCCGCCGCUGUCGCGAGGAUCGUACGGUAACGAGCAAGCGUCGCAAUCACCUGCCCCGGCAUCAAGCACCAGCAGCGCUCAAGCACAUUUCAACGACUUUCGCGAGAAACACAGCGACAAGAUCGAUGCUGGCAAACAGAAGCUGUCCGGUUUCAACGAGAAGUACGGGAUCAAGGAUCGCAUGAACGGUUUUCUAGGCGAUAAGAAAUCUCCUUCGCCGGGAACCUCAGGCCCGCCACCUCCUGUUCCCCGGCAUCCCAGUGCGGUCCAACCGCCGCCUCCUCCUUCAGCCAGCUCCGAGUCCUUGGGCCAACGGAAGGCUCCGCCACUGCCGCCUCCUAAGAAAUCGGGGAUGCGGUCAACUCCUGUCCCGUCGGCGUCGACACCACCACCGAUUCCAUUGGGCACGAAACCUCGCUGA